UUAUAUAAAGGUUCUUUAUUUCUCCGUAACGACAUUUAAGUAUAAAGUAUUUAAGUACAAAGUUAUUCUAAUAUUUCCGAUUUUCGUAAGAAAUUCAAAGAAAGGCUUGAGUGACCAUGGAACAUCAAAUGGCGGGGAAAACGCCAGACAUUGAUUGGGACCACUAUUUUAUGGCUACUGCGUUCCUUUCUGCAAAACGGAGUAAAGAUCCCAAUACCCAGGUCGGUGCAUGUAUUGUUAACAAUGACAACAGAAUCGUUGGUACCGGGUACAAUGGAAUGCCUAAUGGAUGCGAAUUUCCUUGGAAUGGGGUUUCUCGCACUUAUAUACAGUCAAAACAUCUUUAUGUGUGUCAUGCGGAAAUGAAUGCAAUUUUGAAUAAAUAUUCAAGCGACCUUCAAGACUGCAAGAUAUACGUUUCUUUAUUCCCGUGCAACGAGUGCGCGAAAAUGAUAAUACAAUCCGGCAUAAAAGAAGUGAUAUACAGGUCCGACGAAAAGAAGGAUAAAGUCGAGUACCAAGCUGCGAAAACAAUGUUUAAAGCCGCAGGUGUAAUAUAUAGGCCACUCACUCGAAUAAUAAUUGAUUUCUAAGAAGAUACGAAGAUGAACUGAUUAUUACAAUCUACGAUGAAAUCAAAGAUUUAUAAAGUAAAAAAAAAAUAAAAUAAAAAUAAAAUUAUCAUAUUGGUCAUUAUUUGUAUCUUAUACAAAUAAAUCUAAUUUGCUAAUGAAUGUGUAUCUUAUCUACUAAUUAUAUAAUACAUUUAUAUAAAAAAUCAUUAAAUGUGUAAAAACUA